ACCGCAACUGUCUUCCAAUCGUUUGCACAGCCCUUUUGUGCGACCUUUUGCAGCACUUCCAGAAGAGUUCAAAAAGCUCAAGAAUUUCCAAUAGAGGGCCGACCCCAACAUUGAGACUUUGAUUAUUUGCACAACUACUUUCUUCGUGCCGACGACUCCACCUGACACAUGGCCGACCAAGAAGCUGCUGCGAAGCGAGCCGCGGGGCUGACAAAGCUGUUCAAUGCCGUGAUCCACGGUAAUCGCGAACUCAAGAGCUCAGCUGAUGGCAAUCGAUUUCUGGAAGCCUUGUGUGCGCAAGAGGAUGUAUCGAAGUGUGUGGAAUGCUUGAUCGCGGCUCCUGCGGGGUUAAUGGCCGUCGCCAAGUCUUUCCGCUUCUCACGUGAUAGCGCGUUUCUGAACGGGCUAGCAACCUCCGUCCUUCACCAUCUUUCCCACCCAUCUGUCAAGCAGCUUUACGGCGGACAAUUCCUGCAUCGUAUCCUCGAACAGAUUUUACAGCCUCCCACUUUCUGGAACACACUCGUUGAAGCCCACCAUGCUCGUAUCCUCACGCCAGAAGGCACGUACGCGUUCGCGUGGCUAUUAAUCGAGGUUCUGUACAUUCGUUCGGAAGAUGCCCCUGAUGUGCGAGACGUCGCGGAACGGAUUACGAAGAACGAGUCGCUCAUCAACUCGAUCUCUCUGGACGUUCGAAACUUAGGCCACAAGAUCAAGCAUGUCCUGGAAAGCACAUCCAGCGAUUCCGCCGAAGGUCCUGGUGGCCGGCAUGAUAACGACUUCGCGGAUUACCGCGAGGUCAAAAUCUUGCCAACACCAGACGAGUUCGCAUCCACCGAAACACCAUUCUACAGACGCGCGGAUGCCAUCACGUCAGCUGAACCGGAGAAUCGCGCUGCCAUACAUCUUGACAACCAAUUCCGCCUCCUCCGCGAAGAUCUUCUAGGAGAGCUGCGCAGCGACUUUCAGAUUGCCACUGGCCAGAAGAAAGGGAAACGCAAGAUGAUUCUCGAGAAACUGCAAUUUGCUGGCAUUGACUGUGGGCCUGAAACUCGGCGCAAGCCCUGCUCGCUGAGGCUUCGAUGUAUCGACGACAUCCCGCAGCUGCGCAAGAUCAAAGGGGUUGCUGUUCGUAAAAAGUACAUUUUGGAUAACAAAAACAUGUUGAAGCACCAAUCUCUUGGGUGUCUCAUCAGUAACGGCAGCAUCGUUGCUUUGGCCAGUGUGGACCGGGAUGAAAAUCUGCUUGCUGAGGAACCGUCCAUUGUCGUCCUUCGCGUGGCUGAUUCAGGGCGUUUUGGCAAGGUGCUGAUGGCCUGCAAGACAACAUCGAAUCUUUGCUUUGUUCAAGUCGAUACCGCUGUUUUUGCGUACGAACCAAUCCUGAAGUGUCUUCAAUCGAUGACCGACCUGCCAUUAGAGGAACAGCUGCUCAACCUCACACCUGGGUCCGCUGAAUCUCUCUCUGGAAUUCAGCCUAAUGAUAUCAUCAAUGCCAUCCGCCGAGGAUGGGAGAACGACCUUCAGGAUAUAAUUGGGACCGAUCGGCCGAUUGAACUAGACCUUGCUCAAGCAGAGUCGCUGCUCACCGGCUUAGCGAAGAAAGUAAGCCUCAUCCAAGGCCCCCCCGGCACCGGCAAGUCUUUUAUCGGAGCCCUCAUCGCUAAGAUCUUGCACGAUCACACUAAGGAAAAGAUCCUAGUACUCACAUAUACUAAUCAUGCGCUUGAUCAAUUUCUUGUGGACAUCCAGAAUGCCGGAAUUCCAGCGAGCUCAAUCGUGCGACUUGGCUCAAAGGUCGAUCCUAGCAAUCGAGCUUUGAGCAUUUCUGAACAGCCAAACGACUACAAGAUGAGUGGUCAAACGCGUGCCAUGAUACAAGACCAGAAAGUGCAAGCGGAAUCGUACCAUGACGCUUUGAUACAGAAAGUGACGAGGUUUGCGCGUGCUAAUAUUACUGAUCAAACGCUCCUUGACUAUCUCGAGUUCUCAGACGAUUCAGAGUACUUCGAUGCCUUUGUUGUGCCUGAGAAUGAAGACGGUAUGAACUUGGUAGGGAAGAAGAACAAAAAGGUUGACAAGUACUAUCUAAUCAGGAGAUGGUCCAAGGGCGAAGACGCGGGCUUAUUCAAAGCUAGCGCAAAGCAAGAGUACCCACAUAUUUGGAAAGUCGAACCACAAAUUCGCGGUACACUCCGAGCUCAAUGGGCGAAGGAAGUUCUGGAAGAGCAUGUCAUUGAAAUAAGCACGCUCGCGGGCAAGUACAAUACCUGCCGUGAUCGGGUUGAACGGUUGUUUCGAGAGAAGCAUUCAUAUGUCCUUGGUCAGAAGCGAAUCAUCGGAUGUACUACAACAGCAGCUGCUAUGUACACCGACGGCCUCCAGAAAGCCUCACCGGGUAUUAUCCUAGUUGAGGAAGCCGGAGAGAUUCUCGAGAGUCACAUACUUACGGCAAUGACGUCAACUACGAAGCAGCUUGUUCUUAUUGGCGACCACAAACAGUUGCGACCCAAAGUCAAUAAUUACUCUUUGACUGUGGAGAAAGGCGAUGGCUAUGACCUCAAUGUAUCUUUAUUCGAGAGACUUGUUCUCGGAGGAGUUCCACAUACUACCCUCAACAAACAGCAUCGUAUGCGUCCCGAGAUUUCGACGCUUGUGAGGUCUCUCACCUAUCCCGAACUGGAAGAUGCCGAGAAAACUAAAGGAAGGCCCUCCCUUCGUGGUUUCCAAGAUAACGUCAUCUUCGUAUCGCACUUCAAACCGGAGCUCAACGCUGAAAAGAUCGCCGAUCGACGGGAUGAGGAGGCCAAGGCUAGCAAAGAGAACGUGUACGAAGCCGAAAUGGUUCUAAAGUGUGUUCGAUAUCUUGGCCAACAGGGUUACGGCACGGAUGAUAUCGUGAUAUUGACACCGUACCUGGGCCAACUAUCUCUAUUGCUAAAGACUUUGUCGAAGGACAACGAUCCAAUCCUCAAUGAUCUAGACUCUCACGAGCUGAUCCGGGCAGGCCUGCUUACACCUGCUGGUGGAAAUAUCGCCAAACGGAAAAUUCGUAUCUCCACCAUUGAUAACUACCAAGGCGAGGAAAGUGAUAUUGUCAUCGCUUGUUUGACUCGAAGUAACAGCACCGGUGACAUAGGCUUUAUGGCCGCUCCUCAGCGUGUGAACGUAUUGUUAUCGCGAGCACGGAACGCACUGAUCAUGAUCGGAAAUGCCCAGACUUUUCUGAACAGUCGCAAAGGUAGUGACGUUUGGAUCCCACUGAUGGACCAGUUGAAGAGAGACGGCCAUAUCUACGAUGGUUUCCCAGUGAAAUGCGAGCAACAUCCGGAAAAAUUGGCACUUCUGGCUGAAAAGGAAGACUUUGACUCCGUUUGCCCCGAUGGAGGAUGCUCUGAGCCCUGUGGUAAAAUCCUCAAGUGUGAGAUCCACAGUUGCCCACACCGAUGCCACCAACUGCAAGAUCAUUCCAAGAUGGAGUGCAACGCCAUAGUUUCAUUCCACUGUCCUAAAAAUCACAAGGUCAACCGAAAAUGUCAUGACAAGGCCGCCGCAACAUGUCGAAAAUGCGAAGCUGAAGCACGUGCUCAAGAAAAAAAACGUCAGCGGGAUUACAGUCUAGAUCAAGAGCGCCAAAACAAGCAACGAGCGUAUGCGGCACGGCUCGCGGAGAUACAGGAUGAAAUCGAGCACCAGAAACGUGUCAUAAAGGAUCAGGCCGAUGAGAACGAUCGCCAGCAAGCACUUGCCCAAAAGAAACAGGAUCUUUUGAACUUGAAGGCGAAUUUCGACAAACAAUCUCAGCCGCCUGAGUCGAAGGCUCAAUCCACGAAACUACCACCCGUAAUACCAGCUAAUACAAACACAUCCAAGACACCCCCUGCGUCUCAAGGCUCUGCAACUCUUCCCGAUACGGAUACCACCGAGAAGCGAGACGCUGCAACUGAUCAGGCCGAGAGCCAGCCUGAUUGGGACAAAAGCGAAGCGAAGGACGAUUGGGAAUGGCAGAAGCAGUUUGAAGGGGCGGAGAAUGAAGCGUUAGAUUCGUUGAUGUCUAUGACAGGGCUUGAGACUGUCAAGCUGAAAUUCCUUGCAACCAAGGCGAAAGUUGAUACCGUUGUCCGCCAGAACGUGUCGCUCAAGGAAGAGCGAUUUGGAGCUGCUCUUUUAGGCAAUCCUGGGACAGGAAAAACCACCGUGGCCCGUCUCUACGCCCAAUUCCUAGUCAAGGUUGGAGCACUUCCUGGAGAUCACUUCUUCGAAAGUUCCGGAUCGGCUCUCGCUAACGAUGGAGUAUCUGCCUGCAAAACACAUAUCGACAAAAUUCUCGAAGCGGGUGGUGGUGUCUUCUUCAUUGAUGAAGCCUAUCAACUGGUAUCUGGAAAUAGCUAUGGUGGCAAAGCGGUUCUAGACUAUCUUCUCGCUGAGAUCGAGAAUCUGACUGGUAAAGUCGUUUUUGUGUUGGCAGGCUACCACAAGCAGAUGGAGGCCUUUUUCGCGCACAACGUAGGGAUACCCAGCCGCAUUCCGAUCCAGAUGGAGUUUCAAGAUUACGACGACCGAGAGUUACAGCACAUAUUCUGUCACUAUGUGAAAGCGAAGUAUAAAGGAAGAAUGAGGAUUGAAGAGGGAAUGAGCGGUCUCUACGUUCGGAUCGUGGCACGUCGCAUUGGACGAGGACGCGGUCGUGAUGGUUUUGGCAAUGCCCGAGAAGUUCAGAAUAAGAUCGCACAGAUUACAGAGCGCCAGGCGAAGCGUCUACGCAAGGAGAGGCGCGCUGGUUUGAAGCCGGAUGACAACAUCUUAACCAAAGAAGACCUGAUAGGGCCAGAGCCGUCAUCGGCCCUCAACAACAAUGCUGCAUGGACGAAGCUACAGAAGCUCAUUGGGUUGGCUUCAGUCAAACAAUCGGUACAAUCUCUUCUCGAUGGUAUACAGUUCAACUACCAGCGGGAAUUGGAAGAAAAGCCGAUCGUCCAAUACUCGCUGAACCGUUGCUUCAUCGGCUCUCCUGGUACGGGCAAAACAUCAGUCGCGAAGCUGUACGGUCGGAUCUUGGCAGACAUAGGGCUUCUGUCUAACGGCGAAGUGGUUACCAAGAACCCAGCAGACUUCGUCGGUAGUGUUCUGGGUGGGUCAGAAGCAAACACGAAAGCCAUUCUAGCUUCGACUAUUGGUAAAGUGCUCAUCAUCGACGAGGCUUACAUGCUAGCUAGCGGUGCUACCGCUGAUCCUUACAAAGUGGCCGUUAUUGACACUAUUGUUGCUGAGGUUCAGAGCACGCCGGGAGAAGACCGAUGUGUACUCCUCCUGGGGUACAAGGAUCAGAUGGAGGAAAUGUUCCGCGACGUCAACCCAGGUCUGGCGAGACGUUUCCCACUAGAGUCUGCUUUCGUCUUUGAAGACUUCAAAGACGACGAGAUCCGUUGUAUCCUAGACCUCAAGCUCAAGGACGUCGGUUUCGAGGCGACCGAUCAAGCAAAGAAAGCGGCUAUGGAUGUCUUACAGCGUGCGCGUAACCGCCCUAACUUCGGAAAUGCUGGCGAAGUAGACAUUAUUCUUGAUCGAGCAAAAGCACUGCAUCAGAAGCACAUCACUGCCGGCAGAGUCAAGCAAUUUGACACCCUAGAAGCUAUCGACUUUGACCCGGAAUUCGACCGAGGCGAGCGCGCUGCCACCAAUCUACCCGCUCUAUUUAGAGACGUGGUGGGUUGCGAGGAACUGAUUAAACAGUUCCAAGGCUACCAAACGACAGCAGCAAAUAUGAAAGCAUUGGGGAUGGACCCGCGUGAACAACUUCCUUUCAACUUCCUCUUCAAAGGGCCGCCUGGUACAGGAAAGACAACAACGGCGCAGAAAAUGGGUAAAAUCUUCUAUGAUAUGGGCUUGCUCAGCCAGGCGAAGGUUGAGGAAUGCUCCGCCACCGACAUGAUCGGACAGUAUGUCGGCCAAACUGGACCGAAGGUCCAAAAGCUCCUGGAGAAGGCAAUGGGUAAAGUGCUAUUCAUUGAUGAAGCAUACCGCCUUGCCGAAGGGGGAUUUGCUACUGAAGCGAUGGACGAAUUGGUAGACUGCCUGACCAAACCAAAGUUCGCGCAGAAGCUUGUGACCAUCUUGGCUGGCUACGACAAGGACAUUGAUCGACUCAUGAGCAUGAACCCUGGUCUUACUAGUCGCUUUCCCGAAUCGGUCAUCUUCAAGCAUCUCGAACCAGAGAUAUGCCUGGAGCUUCUGGUCAAGGUUCUUGCCGAUCUGAAGAAAAAGAAAAAGGCGCCACUAGACCUCUCGAUCAUUGAUCCGCCAUCACCGGAGUUACACCAGCGUCUCCUUGAACUUUUCAGCGAGCUGUCCGUGCUAGAUUCAUGGGGAAAUGCUCGCGAUGUCAAGUCUCUUGGUAGAGGUAUGUUUGGAGCGCUGAUCUCCACUGCCAUUCCGCCGGUCACUAGUCUUGUCCUUACGGAGGCUAUUGUUACGAAUGCCAUGACCACGAUGCUUGACGAGCGCUCUCGCCGUAACGCAGCUGUCGGGACCGGCCGCUUUCCCAACCGAUUGCCUUUGCAUCCAUUACCGCAAGCACAGGCCCCAGAGGAGCGAAAGCCCCCAGCUGCGCCCGUGUCAAGCGUCACCACACAGGUUGCACCUCCGGCCCCACCGCCGGCAAUGAUCAAGACGGAGAAGCAGGAAGAAUCUCCGAAGAUCGAGAAAAAGAAGGUUAGCCAUGAAGAAGAGCAUGAAGAUCCGAUCGAUUCCAUUUUCAAGGCGAAGAGGGACCCCGGCGUUUCCGAUGCUAUUUGGGAACAGCUAGAACGCGAUAAGCACGCUAUAGUCGCAAAAGAACGUGAGUACCAGCGCCUACAAGAAGAAAAGCGCCAAGAAGAAGAACGCAUUGAAGAGCUCAAGCGAGCGGAGCAAGCUGCUGCAGAUGAAGAGGAGCGCCGCAUUCGUGAAGCAGAGAGGAUUGCAGCGGAGAUAGAGAAGAGGCGUAGAGAAGAGGUGUUGGCUGCGAUAGAGAGAGAACGUGAGCAGGAGAGGCAGAAGCAGAAGAGGCUGAGGGAGCUGGGACCGUGUCCGGCAGGUUUUUGGUGGAUUAAGCAGUACAGUGGAUAUAGAUGCGCUGGGGGCAGCCACUGGCUUGAUGAUGCGGCGCUUGGGAUGUGAAUUUUGUAACAAUGUAUGGAGCGAGCCCAAGAAAUCCAAAAUAGGGGAGAGAAAGAGAAUUGCUAGACU